AUGGACUCUCGUUACUAUCGACCGCCGUCACCGCGACGACUUGUCGCUCCAGGCCGUGCCACCACGGGCAACUUUGACAGUCACGAUGGAUACCAUACGAUCGCUCGAAGCCCUCGGGAGUACACCCCACGAUCAAGCGCGGAAAGAGUUGGCGCAACUGGCGGUGUGACCCCUCUAUCAUCCGAAACUUACGUCACGCCUUCCCAUCGGUCAAGUGCUUAUAACUAUGCGGGACGUCCUCGACGAGACUCGGAGCAGACGCGAGGCAGUCGACCACAGGUGAUUCAAUCGUCUCGCAACCGGCCCCCGAGCCCCAUCCACGGUUCGUAUGAACGGGACAGCUACAGCCAACCCGGGUCCACAGCUCCCAGGAGAGACCACUCGAGGCUCGUGGACGAACGGGAUCUCGAACGCCAUGAUUACCGCAGCCGCGAGCCUCGAGAGCGGGGCCGGUACCCGCCAUCCAAUCGUUCGCGCGAGGUCGACGAGGCGAGUUACUCGUACACUGACCCGGCUGGCAUGUUCCGCGAUACGGAACCAUCAUGGAGGCCGAGACGAGGUAGCCCGGAGGGUCGGAGAGAGCGGCCGAUAAGUAUGGCUGAUGCGUAUCCGGCGCCGCGAUCGUCCGUUAGAGACUUAGGUCCGCCACCGUCGAGUCGGGGACUCGAUAAGCUUAAUGACGGGAUCCAUCGGACCGGCAGCCUUGCUGAUCGGACAAAGCACGCACGUGACCUCGAUCCUGAGUAUUUAUACCGUGACGGGGAAAGGGAAUCGUUUGCUCCACCGCCCAGGGCAAGCACUGCCUAUGUCCCUCAACAAAUCAUCCAACGACAGAAUACAUUUGAAGAGCCCCCCUAUCCUCCAUCGGACUACGAGUCCCGACGUGAACCCCGGCCAGUAUCUCGCUAUGUAGACGAGGCGAUCCAGACCCGUGGAUUCGGAAUCCGCGCGGGCAGCCUCGACCGCCACAGCGCUGAGCGCGGGCGCAGCCUAGAACGAGAAACCACCUUCCCCGUCGAGGAACCCGCCAUCGAGCAGCCUCAACUCCAGGAUUUCAUCCCCGAUGCCGGGAAAGGCGCCCGGAGAGACUACGAUCGCCGGGAUCGCGGCCCGGAUGACUAUCGCGAUAACGAACGCCAUGAGCGGUCGAGCCUUCGCGAUGGGGUGGAGAGGGGCCUUCCUGCCGUCGCGGCCGCCACCGCUGCCUACGGCGUGAGCGAGGCGAUCGAUCGCAAAUUGAAAGAUCAUCAAUAUGACAGCCGCGACGAGCGACCUCGGGAGACUCGAGCGCUACCACGAGAUGACCGCGAUGACCGCGAUGAGCGGCCACGUGAGAUUCGACCGCCUCCACGAGUAGACCGUGACGAACGGCCACGGGAGAUUCGACCACCGCCACGAGAUGACCGCGAUGAGCGGCUACGGGAGACUCGACCGCCACCCCGAGAUGACCGUGACGAACGACUACGGGAAAUUCGUCCACCGCCUCGAGAUGACCGUGACGAACUACCGCGGGAGACUCGACCGCCACCACGAGACGAUCGCGUGCGCGACGACCGGCCAAAAGAAGACCGAUCCCGCCGUCCCAGACACGACAGCCCACCCGAAAACGAACCCCAUGAGCGUCAUAUGGCCGCUGGUCUCGAUGCCCACGACAUUGACGAACGCCGCACCGAACGUAAAGACAAGCCCGCCCGCGAGCUCACCGCCGAAGAAGACUACCUUCAGCGCGUGGAACGCGAACGGGAGCUGACUCGUCAACGCGAUACGCACCGUGACUCGGACGACUCGGACAGGGAAAGGGAUCGGCGGCGGCGGGAGCGGGAGCGGGAGCGCGAACGGGAUCGGGGCGGAGAUCGGGACCGGGAUCGAGAUCGAGAGCGCGAACGCCACCGACGAAGUUCCGACUCCGACGACGCCAAACCCCGCAUGCUCGAAGGCCCGCCCACGUCCCGCGAGCUGCGACCGCUCAGCCCCGGCCACACGGAAGGCUCACGAGAUCCCUCGGAGACGCGGCUACGGAUCGUGGAGCCGCCGAAGAACGACCGGGAGACGACCCCACCCCCUCGAUCGAUCCUGAAGGCGCCGACGCAGAAGUUCCCGGAGGACCCCAACCCAAUCCGGGAGGGGGUGGCGCCACUGAAGGACGCGACGAAGGCGGGGGUGCCGGCGGGGGCGCGGUGGACGAAGAUCGAUCGGCGGCUGGUGAAUCCGGAGGCGUUGGAGGAGUCGAAGGUACGGUAUGAGGAGCGGCAGGACUGCGUGAUUGUGUUGAAGGUGCUGUCGAAAGAGGAGAUUCAGCAUUUGGCGAAUCGGACGAAGGAACUGAGAGGUAGGCGUGGGAUAUUUCGUUCCCCUUUUACAUCGUUUGAGUCGUUCUCUUCGUUUUCUUUUGAUACUGCUGCGUCUGGUUCUUCUUCUUCCGCUUCUGGUUCUGUCGAGUCCAAGCACGUGGACGAUGGGGAUGACGAAUCUCCACCACGCGCGUUAUCUUCCCGCCCAACCGUCGAGAUCAGUCCUCGACCGCGGCGGGAGGAUGGAUCGGACUCUCUUGUAUGGACGGUGGAACUUGCGGAAGAACAAAAUCAGCUUCCUUCUCGGUUGCAGAUUGCUCGCGGUUUUCUCGGAUCAACACUGACUGGAUUUCCGGACGAAGAAUCGAGAGACAGAGAUAGACAUCGUCAUGAUCGACGACAUGAGAGGAAGGAUCGAGAUGAAGAUUCUGAUGAGAAUGGGCGGGAGCGGGAGCGAGAUAGGCAUGAGUCGUCGAGGCAUAAGUCCAAGGAUGAUCGGUGA